UCCAUUUUAUUCCGUUCAAUAUAUCAUAACCAUCACCGCCAUAAAUACCCACCGAUGGCGCCACCUCCCAUUGCCCAGCUUUCAUUCCAUUUCCAUGGCCUCCUCUCUCCUCUCCCUCUGCUUUCUCCCUCUCUUUUUCCUCCUCUCCUCCGCAAUCGGUACCCCACCUGAGAUCAUCCGAGCUUGUAACUCCACCAGGUUCCCAGACGUUUGUGUAUCAUCUUUUGCCAAUUCCAAACAAGUCCCUCAAAAACCAACCCCUCUUCAAAUCGUCCAGUCCGCGGUUUCUUUAUCUGGUACCAAUCUCCAACAUGCCCAAUCAAUGGUCAAGAAUAUUCUAGCGGACUCCGCCGGCAAUUUAAACCGUACCGACGCAGCUAAAUUUUGCAUAGAACAACUCGGUAAUUCCCAGUACCGUAUCUCAUCAACUCUCGACGCUUUGCCUCGUGGCAAGAACAAGGACGCUAGGGCUUGGAUGUCCGCGUCUUUGACUUUUCAAUACUCUUGCUGGAGCUCUUUGCAGAGGGUAAGCGAUACUUCUCAGACUAAUGAAACGGUAGCCCUUUUGGAUGCGCUUCAAAUGAUUACCAGCAAUUCUUUAAGCUUGCUUAUGGCUUACGAUGUAUAUGGAAACAAGACUGAGUCAUGGACCGUACCGAAGACGGAGCGGGACGGGUUUUGGGAAGUUCCAAAGUCGGGAGAUAAGCUGGAAUCAUACGGCGGAUUCCUGUCGAAGUUAACGGCAGACGUUACUGUUUGUAAGGAUGGGAGUGGCGGGUGUUAUAAAACGGUGCAGGAGGCUGUAAAUGCGGCGCCGGAUAAUGAAUCAAGCAAAAAGUUUGUGGUGCACAUAAAGGCUGGAGUUUAUAAGGAGAUCGUUAGGAUUCCGUUGAAGAAGAAGAACGUAGUAUUUUUGGGAGAUGGUAUGGGCAAAACCGUCAUUACAGGGUCAUUGACCGCGGGUCCUAGUCUUAAGACUUACAACACGGCCACUGUUGGGGUUGCUGGGGAUGGAUUCAUGGCCAGUGGUAUCACAUUCAAGAACGCUGCAGGACCUCCUACCAGCCAAGCAGUGGCAUUUAGAUCAGACAGUGAUCUAUCAUAUAUUGAGAACUGUGAAUUCCUAGGCCAUCAAGACACUUUGUAUCCAAAUUCUCUUCGCCAAUUCUACAAAUCAUGUCGCAUUCAAGGCAAUGUGGAUUUCAUUUUUGGAAACGCAGCUGCAGUUUUCCAAGAUUGCCAAAUCUUAAUUGUACCCAGACAAGAAAAUCCAAAAAAGGGUGAAAAAAAUGCUGUGACAGCACAAGGCAGGUUCGAUCCUGCUCAAUCAGCAGGCUUUGUGUUUCAAAAGUGUUCAAUCAGUGGCACUGCAGAGUAUAUGGCAUUAUACAAAAGCAACCCAAAGGUUCACAGGAAUUACUUGGGGAGGCCUUGGAAGGAAUACUCAAGAGUUGUUUACAUUAAUUGCAAAUUUGAAUCUCUCAUAGCAGCAGAGGGAUGGAUGCCUUGGGAUGGCGAUUAUGCACUGGAUACAUUAUACUUUGGAGAGUACAAGAAUUCUGGACCAAGAUCUAAUUUGUCUAAAAGAGUAACCUGGAGCACUCAAAUUCCUGCAGAGCAUGUAAACACAUAUUCAGUAAAGAAUUUCAUUCAAGGAGACGAAUGGAUGCCUAAAUCUUCUUGAUUGUUGAAGCUUGCAUGCUAACUUUAACUGUAUAAACAUUAUAUGCUGGGCCUCUGCUAUAUUUGUUUAUACAAUUAUUUUGUCUAAUUUGUAGAUUGAUUACAGAUAUUGUAAUCAAUUUGGGUUUCUCUUUAUAUAAAUUAAAAACUGAUGAGCUGUGGAAAUGGAAAAUGGAGAUGUUUCUUUGACAA